AUGUUUCGUAGUCUUGUCAAGUUUGCCGCGAGGGCCUCGCAGGAGAUGCCGCCGCAGGUACGCCAAAUACGGCCGGUAAAUUUUCAUGACGAUACCGUAUUUAGGGGAAAGUCGUUUUGGGGGCUGAUACGGGCCCUCUGCGUGCUGCAUGUGUGCCAAAUCCAGUACCUCUGCAAGAACUCCGUGGCGCUGAUGAAGCGGUCGGAGGCGAUUUUCGGUCCCUUCCUCACCUACGACACGGUGGUGCGGGCGACGGUGUACGGCCACUUCUGCGCCGGCACCGACGAGCGUGAGCUGAAGAAGACGGUCAGGGCGCUCGAGAAGCAGGGCAUCGGCUCCGUCCUCGACUACGCCGCCGAAGCGGAUGUGGAGGGGUUCGUCCCGGCGCCCGGCGCGAAGGAGGCGCCAAACCUGUCCAUGGCUUCCCUCGUACACAACAUGUCGGUAACGUACAUGCCGCAUGAGAGGCUGUACGAUGAGAACAUGAAGCUGUACAUCAUGUGCGUCAUGCACGCCUCGCUCAAUCAGCCCGUGAAUGGCGUUGGCCUGGCGGCUGUGAAGGUGACGGGGAUGUGCGAUCCACAGCUGCUCGCGCGCGUCUCGGCGAUCCUCUACUCGGUGCACCGCGGCUGGAUGCAGUUCUUCACCCACGAAAAACCCCCGCCGAUUGAGGAGUGCCGGGUUGUGAUGGGGACCAACAAGGAGUACCAGCUCUACAUCACCCACGAUCAGCUACGCAGGGGCUUCACCGAGUACGGCGCGGCGCGCAAGUUCACCGAUGAGGAGCUGAAGUCCGUCAUCAAUGCGUUUGACGAGAAGCAUGAGGGCAAGGUGAACUACUACCAGUUCAAGAAGGUCGCCUCGGAGGCGGUUCUCGCCCUGGAACCCACACCAGUCCAGCAGCUCAUCGUGCAGAAGCUCCCAAAGCUCACGGAGGAGGAGCGCGCGCUUUGGCGGGCCCUGCACAAGCGGUUGUCUGUGAUUGUGCGCACUGCGCAGGAUUUGCGAGUGCGGGUUCUCUUUGACGCCGAGCAAACCUUCUACCAACUUGCCAUCGACAACAUCGUCAUGAAGUUUCAACGUGAGUUCAAUGUCAAGGAGCCCAUUGUGUACAACACCUACCAGUGCUACCUGACGUACACGGAGGAUCGCGUGUUUAAUGACCUGACACGGGCUCAGCUCGAGGGGUGGGUUUGGGGGGGAAAAGUUGUGCGCGGGGCGUACAUGGACCAGGAGCGAGCCACGGCGGCCAAGUACAACUACAAGAGCCCUGUGUGGCCGACGUACGAAGAAACCGGCGCAUGCUACCAGGCGUGUGCAAUGCGUAUUCUGAAGGAGUUUGAGCGCCUGCCCAAGGUUCCCUUUGAGGUGCUCUUUGGCACACACAACAAAAACUCUGUGCAGGAGAUAUCUGAGGCCAUUAUGAAACUCCCUCCCGUGGAGGGCAAGGCCGUGUUUGCGCAGUUGUACGGUAUGGCAGACCACUUAACGAUUCCCUUGCGAAAGGCGGGUUUCCGCGUCUUCAAGUACGUUCCGUAUGGCCCUGUGAAGGAGACCAUUCACUACUUGAGCCGGCGGGCCAGUGAGAAUUCCGCCGUCCUGGACAAUGGCGGCUCGGAGGAGGUGCAGCUCAUGAGGAAGGAGCUGUGCCGUCGCUUCUUGUUUAUGCGCGGACGGGAACAGAAGAAUGAGAAGGUGUAG